AUGCUGUAAGUUUUUCGCCUUUUUCUCUCCAUUUUUCGUUUCUCCGAUGCCAAAAUGUACGAAUUUCGAAAAAAAAACACGUUUGUUCGGAGAUUUUAAUCUAAAAAUUAUCGUUUUGCCCAUCUCUUUCUUAAUUCCGCCCAUUUUCCAGCUGUUUCCAUCCCGUUCUCUUACGUUAGCUCUAAUAAACAAAUUUUCGAUGCAAAUACGCAUGAAAACAAACUAAAAAUGAACUAUUCGUUUAUUUUCCGAGACUUUCAUCGUAAUCUGACCCUCUCUCAAAGAAUUGUUUAUUAUUGAAUCCCUUUUCGAAAAGAAACAAUGGAAUGAGAGUGAGGGGAGCAGAAUAAGAAGGAGAAGACGUGCAUUUAAUUGAAUCAGCGAAAAAGAUGGCCAGCGGAGGUCUUCAUUUCUUUUUUCUCCGUCUCUCCAUCACCACGACUUCAUUUAUACGUCCUGAAACCAUGUGAUGCAAUUUCAGAGUUUUCUUUAUUUUUUGCUAGUGCUAUUCUGAAACCGCAAAUUUACUUUCACAUGAAGAAGGUAAAAACGCUGGAAAAUUAGCAAAAGUACAGCGUAUGACAGUUUAGAACUCAAAAAAUGGGAGGAAAAGCUUGCACAUGCCUUUUGUUUUUCUGUUUUCAAAUGUGUCCAUUUGCAGGAUACUGCGUCCUAACUUGUUUUGAUCUUUUUCCCCCGCCAAUUCAGUAGUUCCCUUUUCUUUCUUUCUCUCUCGUUCGUCAUGCGUCCAAAUUGCAAGUUAAUCGGAGCGUUCACUCUCUCUCUUCCUCUCCUCAUUCCGCUCGGUCCACUGGCGUAAUUUGAGCUGAAUAGAGGGGCCGCCCGUGGUCCCUUCCGGCCGCCCUUCUCUCUUACUUAUUACACUUGACGUGUGUUCAACCCGACCGAUCGAUCAUUCGCACUUUUCCGCUCUUUCAUCAGCUGAUUCUCACAUUUCUCACACGCCUACAUCACAGUUUUCGCGUCUGUAUCCGUCUCUCUCUCCCUCUCUCUCUUUCUUCGAUCGAUGCGAAUCAAAUCGAAUCGAAUCGAAGUGCGUACAGUUCUGAGGGGAGCGCGCGCGUGGCCCCGCGCCGACGCAUCGAAGUGUGCUCCUCUGCUUCUCUCGGCGCUCUCCGAUCGUCGCACUGUCUCGACAAUGCUGCUUCCGGUGGCGAGACGCAAAAAAGUGCGGCGGUGAGGCCUGUGUGAGGCAGCAAAGUUGGGUUCAAACAGCCGACAGAGAGCAUUCCUGAACCUUCCUUCCUGUCUGUCUGCCUCAAGUGUUUAGAUUUCGGCCCCUCGUGACAGCUCUCCCCCCUGAUCUUUCAUUUCAUUCUGUAAUCCUUUGCCUGUCACUUUUUCACAUUCAUUUCAAAGUUUUUUUUUGAAUCAAUUAUCUCUUGUUCUCUUCUGUUUAUUUACCGUAGGAUCGCUCGCCCACUGCCACUGUACAGUUGUUGUUUUUCCGCCUCCAAACACAACAAUCUGUCCUUCCAAAUAUUAUUAUCGUCCCAAUUUUCUCUAUAUAAUUGUGAUUUCGGCGCCCCAAUUACCACUUCCAGUUUCGCCCGCCCGUACAGUGUCAUCUGACUGAAAAAAGAUAGCGUGCAUUCAAAAAUAGAUGGAAAUCCCUGAUAAUCGCAUUUCCUUUAAAUAUUUAAUCACUAAAAUCUUUAGCAAAUAUUUUUCCUGCUUGGACUCAAACGAUGUCCUCGUAGACUCCCCAGAGACCUUGCAGAACAUGAAGAAAUAAGUAGAAACGCCGAUUUCGGGCCGGCAAGGCAAAAAGUUAACGAAAGCGUAGGCAAAGCUUUUGGAAAAAUGAGUGAUGGACGAAGAUGGACCUAGUGGCUCUCCUUUUCAUUGCCGGAAAUAUACACAUUCUGGUGCAGAGUGCUCUCUCGAGUGGAGUGACGAGUGUUUAUGCUCCGGAUGAUUCAUAUAUGCAUAAAGAUUGCCGCCCCCUACUUGUAGUACUAGUACUAGUCGAUCCUCUCCAAAGUCAUUCUCUCACACCUGUCCUUCUGCUGCCGCACCUCGUCCUUGAGAAGCCUUAUUCUCUUCGCAACCAGUUCAUUUACUUCUUCCUCUUCUUCGUCUUCGUAUUCUGCAGUAAUCCUCUGAUCUACGAACGGUGUGCGGGAUAAACAAUUAGGAGCGGAGGCUCCUGUUGGCAGAUGUCGUCUCGGAUAUAAUCCUUUUGCCAUUCCUUCCAUCUUCUUCUUCUCAUUCGUCUUCUUCCUCUCCUCUCUCCGAUAUUUUCAAAUUUCCUCUUAUCAUAGCUAGUUGAUUUCUUCCGAAUUGCGUCGAGUCAGCACAGCACUCAUUCUGGAAAUGUUCUAGAAGCGACUAGCCCUCGUGCUCAUUGAGCAUCGCCUCCCACUCGCGCUCAUGUUUCAAUUAGUUUAGCGAUCUAUCCAUGUUUCCACAGCUUUCUUCCGGCCCCCGAGACCCCACAAGCAGUCGUUUUCCAGUUUCGUGCUCUCUCUCUCUCUUUCUCUUUCUGUUCGUAACCUUGCUCCCAUCCGCAUUGUGUAAUUCGGUGGUGCAGCAGACACGGGGCUCACGUCUCUCCUUCUACUCCUGCUGCUGCUGCUGCUGCUUUUGCUGCCAUCCUCCGAUUCGCCCUGUACACGGCGAAAACGUGAAGCUUUUGUCAAUAUUUGAGCCCUUUCCGCAAGACCGAAAUACAGUCAGUUUUGGCGACACGCAGACAGAAGCAGACGAAACCAGCGCGGGGGCAAGCGCCGCGCGGAAAUCUCUCUUCCGCGCGCGGACGUGUUUGCCGCCUGCCGUCGCGCUCCGACGUGAGACUGGAACUGCCUAGGAGGGGAUCACACGGAAAGUGAAGGCAAACUUUGCGAAACGAGGAGAGAAAGAUGAGUAGUAGUGUUCACAUAAGAGGGUGCGUCGAGACAGAGAAAGAGUGUGUGUGUGUGUGCAUUCGACAUUGACAUUUGUAGUUGGAAUGGAAUGGAAAGGAGGCGGAGAGAGUUGCCCUUCGGGUGUCAAGGAGGUUAGAGCACACGACCUGGAGUCUUUUCCGGCACACACACACACACCCGCAGAUGCAUUCGUUCGUCAAUUCUGCUUGAUUUCCGAAAAAGUCGUUGCCUUGUACAGUACGAUCGUCUUCACUCGAUCAGGUGACUAACUGUCUGCCAUUUCGAAAUCGACCCUUUUGUCUUCUGACUCAUCAGUCAAAAGACGUUGGAAUUCGAAAAGAGACCGGGCGAAACCAUCGCGUUUCUCUAGAUUUAUGUGAUUUUUUCGAAAUCUUCCCACCGUCAUUGGGGGCGACAGUUCGAUCCCACUCCUCCGGAAUUCAGCACAACGUCAUUCGCUCGAACCCCAAGUUAUUGUGGUCGUAGUCGUUGUCAAACAUUCUAUGUAUGGCUACGAGUACCCCCACUCUUGUCGACGUGUAUCGACCCGACACGGGGUAAUAAUCGUUCAUCGCGAGCGGUUCUUGACCGUUGACCCGUCUUCCUUUUCUCCUCUCUUUUUUGGUCGUUUUCCUACCGAUAUCGGUUGUUUUUAGACCGUAAUUAAGCGGUACCGAUCAAUCCAGAAAUGUUUUCGACUUUUCGACACGUUGUUCGUCAAGUUGAGAGAAAACGAAAGACGACACAAAUAAGAGAAUUAUUCGAAGAUGGAUGGGAUGAGGCGCCGACUACAAAUUAUUCAUACGUAGUAAAACGAGAGAGUAUUUUCUGCCCAGUCUUUUUCUUUGUUUGUCCUUCUCCAGUGAGACUCCUCAUCUGCCCCGUGUUAUCCCCCUUCUUUUUUGGUCCUCUCAUUCCAAUAUUAAAAUAGCGGAUUUCAAAGGCUUCUCAAUUCAUUCGAGCACUUUGUUGGCGCAGUGCCAACCAUUACAUUUUCCUCAUCUUCUUCUUCUUCUUCUUCUUUUUGCUGUCAAUUUCGGGAUAAUCCGACGGCUUCUCGUCGACUUACUCGAUGACGUUCUUGCUGCCUUAAACAUGCAUUUCAAUCCGUCUCGUCUAGUUAUUUUCGAUCCGUCUCCUCUCCGGCCCGUCAUAAUAAUCAUACUUUCGUUUCGUUUUCAGCACUGACUUGUUCUACUCGACGUUCGGCUGCAUCUACUCGACUGAUCAUCCGACGUUCACGAUGGAAGUGAUGGGAACAGCGAGAAGAAAAACGCCGGUCAGGCUCAACGUGUACGACAUGUACUGGCUCAACGACUACGCCUCCAACAUUGGCGUCGGAAUUUUUCACUCCGGCAUCGAAAUCUUUGGCGUUGGUAAGUCUGAAAAGCAAAGUUGGUGCUGACAACCAAUGAAUCAUUUAGAAUACGCGUACGGCGGUCAUCCGUAUCAAUUCUCGGGAGUCUUUGAGAACUCGCCGCAGGACGCCGAAGAGCUCGGCGAGACGUUCAAGUUCAGAGAGUCGAUCGUCGUCGGAGAGACGGAUCACACGUCCACAGAUGUCCGCAAACUGAUCAAGGCGCUCGGCGAGGAGUUCCGCGGCGACCGUUACCAUCUGAUCUCGCGCAACUGCAACCACUUCAGCUCCGUCCUCGCACGUCAUCUGACCGGAAAAGAGAUUCCCGGAUGGAUCAAUCGUUUGGCGAACCUGAGCGGAAGCAUUCCGUUCCUCGAGAAGUGCAUCCCGCAGGAAUGGCUCACUCCGAUCGUGCUGCAGGCGUCCGUCGACGAGAAGAAGAGAGGGUCGGUCGAUUCGGCCGAGGAGGCGACUGAGAAGUUUAUCGAAACUUGCCGCUCGCUGAAUGGUAAGCUUUUAGAUGAAAAAAUAAAAUGCAGAAAUCUCAAUUUUUACAGAUUCGCGCACCACAAUCCUCGACAACCGAACUGCCAGCGGAAACAUCGUCAUGUCGGCAUCGUCCUCUAACUCGGACCGCGUCUGCAUGUCUCCCUCCUCCUCGUCUUCGGCUUCUUCGUGCGAUACCCUGGACUACGACGAGCUGAUUGUCCGCUCGCCCAACUAUUCGAGUGAAAAGAAGUCGCGCAGCAACUCGCCGCCAAUCUUCCGCUUCUGGAACACGAUCAAGGCGACGAUCAACGGCACUCCGCAGAGCGCGCCGACCGGAACCGCCGCCGUCAUUCCCGCUUCGGCGGCCUCGAGCAUUGGUAAAGCGAACAACGUGCCGACGAACGCGUCGGCGAGCAACGGACUCGCCAAGCCCACGUAUUCUGAGUGCUAGAGAGGUUGGUGCCGUCAGAACUUUGGGCUCUUCACAAUAAAUCUCUUUAUUUUCAGGUUCACCGUCGAGAAGCCGUUCUUUCAGUGUUUUGUGCUGAAAUCGACCUCCUCGUCGCUUCUUUCUAUUCCUCCUCGAUAA